AUGGCUCCUCGCCAAUCAACUUCAGGAACCCAACAACGCUAUCGUGCCAGACCAAGCGACAUUCAGCCGGGCGAUCCACUACCUACGAGACAGAAACGUCGAUAUCGCCCAGGCACCGUUGCGCUACGAGAAAUCAGGCAAUAUCAAGCCAAUACAAAGCUUCUACUUCUAAAACUUCCGUUUAUGCGACUCGUCCGUGAAAUUGGAUUAAAUUGUCGCCCGAGAGGAAAAGAAUUUAGAUGGCAGAGCCAGGCAAUCCAGGCACUGCAAGAGGCUGCAGAAGCAUUUAUGGUACAUCUAUUUGAAGAUGCACAGCUAUGCGCGGUCCAUGCGAAAAGAGUGACACUUAUGCAAAAAGACAUUCAGCUGGCGAGGAGGAUUCGAGGUAUAUGGGGCGGGCUUGGUUGA